AUGGCGGCGCUCAACACUGGCGUGAUUGUUGACGCGAUGCGCAGCACAUGGUGUUGCACCUACCAGCCGCCCUCGUGGCGGCGGCGGCGCCAGGUCUCCACCCUGCACUUCGAGGCGAUCAAGCCCUCCGUGCUGUGCGAGGCCGCGUCUGUUAGCUCCGGCGUGUUACGGCGACUCGAGAUAGGUGAGGUGGUGCGGCAGUUGUCGAAGCCAGAGAAGGUGGACGGUGGCCCAUUAGGAUCGGGCAUAUUGCGCAUACGGUGCCGAGCGGUCAAGGACAAGGCUGAGGGCUGGGUCUCGAUCGAGAGCGACAAGGGCACGGUGUUUCUCAAGCCUUGCUCGAAGUAUUAUGUGUGCUCCAAGCCUCUCCUGAUGAAGAGCGGCGAAGAGGCGAGCUGUCCCAUAGUCAGGAGUCUGGUCGUCGGCGACGUAAUCGAGAUAAUGGAGUACCCCGCCAACACCGUCAAGGUGGAGCAGGUAAGAGCUCGAUUCGUAGGAUCAGAUGACACUGGAUGGGUGAAUCGCACGUCGAGUGGAGGACCUCGCUUUUUGGAGCCAUGCUGA